GAGGGCGGGAAACGCCUUCAUAUCGACAGAUGCCGCUCACGUGAAAUGGCGUCCCGGUUGCAACUUUAUCAGCUUGGACACUUGACAGAAACGCCACCAAGCUUUCUUUCGCUGCGGAUUUGACAACUUUAUCAGCGGGUACCACAGUACGACCGUCGUCUCUUCAACGUCACUAAAGUAGGUGAGAAAAUACGUCGCUCCACGGAACUAAGCUAAACCAACGGUUAACAUCCAGUGAAGCUUUCCCUUCCUUAGCCGCCUCACAUGGCCCAGAGCUGAGAAAAUGGGAGAUGUAGUUCUCAAGCCUUUCCUCCCAGCUCUGUUCCAAGAGGGACGCGAGCCGGUACAACACACAUCCCAGGAUGCACCGCCUUGUUGUUGUGUGGCAACGCCAUCUUGACUCCUCCUCAUGAAUAUCCAUCAGGCGGUAUUUGCGUAGGAGGGUCGCCCGACGUUCAUUGCAUAUUCGAGCAGAGUAUUUUGGUCCAAGCGGGACGCGCAGUCACGUCUCCGCCCUGAAAUGUCCCUACGCGCCCUGCCUCCUCUUUUCCAUCGACUUGAAUCGGUAAAAUGUUCCCUCGGAGCGACGGAGGAGACGGCGACAGGGGAAAGAAAAGGCGAGGAGUGAAUGACUACUAGUGGAACAAGUGAGCGACGCCGCCGCCCGUUUGGCGGGUAUUCACCACGGUGGGAACGUAGUCGGGCUUUCAAAUGUAGACGCGCUCGGCCGAACCAAGUGCGCACCUUUAUUUAUUCCGAGCGGGGGACUUCUCACUGGCAACGAUGGAGAGUGAGCAGGCUGCAGCUGACGAUGGAUGCAAGUUGGCGAAGAAGCCCAGCGGAGUGUCCAGCAGCCGGCGGACUCCAGCGGACGGCGGCGGACAUCUAGCUCCCUCCCCCAUAGACGCAAAGAACGGCAACGGUGUUCCCCAUGCGAGCCGAAUUGCGGCGUUGAACGGUCGAGGCUUAUCCAGUAACACCGGCUCCCUGCUGCUAAAACGCAGGCGCUUAAAGCGGAACCUCAGCGCCGCCACAGCCGCCUCCUGCAACGCCGCCGCCGCCGCCUCCACCUCGGCUGUCACGGCCGGCUGCGGUGGUUCCAAAAUGAGCUCGGCCCUGUCGUCUGCUUCUCUGCACACCCGGAGUCUGGACCGCAAGACGCUGCUCAAGCACCGGCAAAACAUGCAGCUGCAGCCCGCCGACCGCGAGUGGGUGAGAGCCGACCUCCACCGAGGCGCCAUCCACGUCUACGACAGAUUGACGUCCGCGUCUCCCAGGCCGGUCCUCUGCACCGCGGACACCACCGCCGGCGAGGUUGCGAGCCGCCUCAGCAAACUCUGCGGCAAGUCCACCUCUGUCAUGCGCAUUUUAAGCAAAGACAACCCCAAGAUGGACCAAAACGGCAAUUGCAGCGUCGAGUACGAGUAUAACUACAAUCUGUGCAAGGUCAACGAAGACCCCGGUAUCGAAUAUGACCACCUGCCUGGCCUGCAAGCGUCCGAUUUAGGGGGGCGCCCUGGUGACAAGAUGAGACUGCUGCUUAUGACCAAUGCAGAUGAGAGGCAACAGGAUGGAAAACUUUUCAGCCCUGAGUCAGAGUCCCAAGACAACAUAACAGGGUCCCUGUCAGACUUGAACUUGAACUCCAAUAUGGAUACCCCUAACGACGAUGACUCAGAGCACAGGAAUGGGAUCGACAGCUACGGCCUCAAUUCUGGCUCCGAUGUGGAAAGCAGCGCUUUCGACGACCUGAGCUCCGGGGCCCGGCUCAGCGAGCACAGGGACUCCCUGAGCGACGACAUGAUCCUCGGCACGGACGCGUCCGUCCUCAGCCCGUCGUUCGACAGCGCCACGGAGGGCCUUGACAUGUACGGCAGCUCUUCGGAUGAGUUGGAGCUGGACUGCCCCACAUCCGGCGCCGGCCUGGAUCCCAUCUGCAACGGUGUCGGCUACAAGCAGCGCAGCAACGUCUGCCUUAGCGACAUGGCCGACGGCCUGCCCGCGAGCAGCAGUGCCGGCUCCUUUUCCAGAGACAGCUCAGCAGGUAACACGCCUGACAUCCAGGACCCGGGCCGCGACGCCGGCAAAUCGGCCCUGACCCCUGGCCACGGAGGAGGCUCCUCAGUGGAGUCCAGCCCCACGCUGUAUGUUCAGCUGCACGGCGAAGCAGUCAGGAGGCUUAGCCCAGAUGAGAGGCCCCUGCAGAUCCAGACUGACUUUCUCUUUAAGCUUGGAUUUAAGGACCCUUGGAGAGUUCAAGAGGAAGGCCUUAAUACAGAAAUGGGCUCCCUGCUGCGCUUCUACGCAGGGAAGCCCCAAAACAUCGAGAGCUCCGAGCGGGUGCAGCUGUCGGGGAUGUACAACGUGCGCAAGGGGAAACUGCAGCUGCCCGUCAACCGCUGGACCAGGCGGCAGGUCAUCCUCUGCGGCACUUGCCUCAUCGUCUCCUCCGUCAAGGAGAGCCAGACGGGGAAGAUGCACAUCCUGCCGCUCAUCGGAGGGAAAGUAGAGGAAGUAAAGAAGCACAAUCACUGUUUGGCCUUUAGCUCGGCCGGGCCUCAGAGUCAGACGUACUAUGUCAGCUUCGACAGCUUCACGGAACACCUCCGCUGGCACAGACACGCCGCCAAGAUGGUGUCGCAGAGGAUCAACUCUGUGGAUCUGUCCUGCUGCAGCUUGGAACAGCUUCCCCCCAACCUCUUCUUCAGUCACGACCUCACCCAUCUCAACCUGAAACACAACUUCCUGCCCGCCGACCAAUGGCUGCAGCAGCUGCAGAGGUUCUCUCGUCUGCGGAGCCUCAACCUGUCCAACAACCACCUCGCCCAGUUCCCGCUGGCCAUCUGUGACAUCCCCACGCUGACCGAGGUCAACCUCAGCUGCAAUUACCUGCCCUCUGUGCCAGGCUCCGUGGGGGCCAUGACCAAUUUGCAAACGUUUCUGCUCGACGGCAACAGCCUGACGGAACUCCCCGAAGAGCUGGGCACCCUCCAGAGGCUUUCGUACUUGGGCCUCUCCUUCAACCAGUUUGGCCACGUGCCGCAGGUGCUGGAGCGGCUGGCCUGCAUGGAGAAGCUGUGCAUGGCCGGCAACAACCUGGAGACGCUCACCCUGCAGAACUUCCGGCUGCUCCGCGUCAAACACGUCGAUCUCAGGCUGAAUAAGAUCUCCAACCUGGUGCCGGAUGAGCCUGACCUGCUACGGCACGUCACCCAGCUGGACGUGAGGGACAACCGGCUGACGCAGCUGGAUGCCUCGGUGUUUCCCCGCCUGGAGGUGCUUCACUGCGAGAGAAACCGAAUCGCCGUCCUGAAGGUGAAGGGCUGCCUGCUCAAGGGCAUCUACGCCUCCAACAACGAGCUGCAGAGCCUGGAUGUCAGUCCCGUGCCCUCCAAUCUCAGUUACAUGGACAUCUCACGGAACCUUAUGGAGUCUUUGCCAGACUGGCUGUGCGAAGCGAAGAAAUUGGAAGUGCUGGACGCCAGCCACAACCUGGUCGGCGAGCUCCCAGCGCGGUUGUUAUGCAGCUGCAGCCUGAGGAAGCUGAGCGUUGGACACAACCAGUUGCAGAAGCUGCCUGAAAGGGUGGAGCGCCCCCUGCUGGAGGUUUUGGAUGUGCACCACAAUCAACUGGUGGAGCUGCCUUGCAACCUGUUCCUCAAAUGUGUCAGUUUACGAUGCGUGAACGCUUCAGCCAACAAACUGGAGCACCUGCCUCCCUCCACGCUGUCCGAAGAGAGCCACAGCAUCCUGCAAGAGCUCUAUCUGACAAACAACCGCCUGACGGACAAGUGCGUUCCCAUGCUAACGGGCCACUCGCACCUUCGGGUCCUUCACAUGGCCUACAACCACCUCCAGACCUUCCCGGCAAGCAAAAUGGCCAAGCUGGAAGAGCUGGAGGAGGUGGACCUAAGCGGCAACAUGCUGAAAACUGUGCCCACCACCAUCAUGAACUGCCGGCGUAUGCACACGCUCAUCGCCCACUCCAACUCCAUCGAGGUCUUCCCUGAGGUCAUGCAGCUGAUGGAAAUGAAAUGCGUGGAUCUGAGCUGCAACGAGCUGAAUGAGAUCACGCUGCCGGAGAAUUUGCCUCCAAAGCUUCAGGAACUGGACCUGACUGGAAAUCCUCGUCUCAACCUGGACCACAAAACCCUUGAGCAGCUCAAUAAUAUUCGCUGCUUUCGUAUUGAUCCGCCGCCGACCUUCUCAUCGAACGAGGCACCUGGCGGGCCCGCUGUGUGGAGUCACGGUUACACGGAGGCCUCGGGUGUCAAAAACAAAUUGUGUGUGGCAGCGCUGUCGGUAAACAGGUUCUGCGGGAGUCGCGAGGCUCUCUACGGCGUGUUUGACGGCGACAGGAACGUGGAGGUGCCUUACCUGUUGCAGUGCACCAUGAACGAUGUGCUGGCGGAGGAGCUGCACAAGACCAAGAGCGAAGAGGACUACAUGACCAACACGUUCCUUGUUAUGCAAAGGAAGCUGGGAACGGCCGGGCAGAAGCUGGGCGGCUCGGCAGCUCUGUGUCACAUCCGCCACGAUCCCACCGACCCCAGCGGCUGCUUCGUUCUUACGGCCGCCAAUGUGGGCAAGUGUCAGGCCAUCCUGUGCCGCAACGGAAAGCCCCUGUCCCUGUCCCUUCUCCACAAUGUCGGCCUGGAGGAGGAAUAUCGCCGGAUCAGGCAGCACCGUGCCAUUGUCACAGAGGACAACAAGGUCAACGGCGUGACAGACUCCACGCGCAUCAUGGGCUACUCCUUCCUCUAUCCGUCUGUCAUCCCGUCACCCUACGUGCAGACGGUCACACUCACCCCGCAGGACGAAUUCUUCAUCCUGGGCAGCCGAGGCUUGUGGGACGCCGUGUCCCCCGGCGAGGCGGUGGAGGCGGUGCGGAACGUGCCCGACGGCUUGGCCGCCGCCAAGAAGCUGUGCACGCUGGCGCAGGGCUACGGCUGCACGGACAGCCUCAGCGCCGUGGUGGUCCAGCUCAGCGUCAGCGAAGACUGCUGCUCCUGCUGCUGCUCGGACCCUCCCCGGCCACCUCCCAGCCCCGGCCUGGGCCCCUACCCGGCGUCGGCGUCCUCCGCGGGCAUCAAGGAGCGCCCCUCGGACGGCUCCCUGCCCGUGCCGCCGUCGUCCUGCAGCGAGAUGAGCAGUGAGAUCAGCACCAGCGAGAUGAGCAGCGAGGUGGGCUCCACCGCCUCGUCCGACGAACCCCCGCAGAGUUCCCUGGUGCUGCUGCACGAGCCGGGCCACCACCCUCCCCUGCACCUGCACCACCAGGCCCAGCCCAUGACGCCGCCGCAGCAGCAGCUGCAGCAGCAGGCCCAUGCCGCCCAGCCCUGCCAGUAUCUGUUCAGCGGCCCCGAGCUACCCUUAGCCCGCGGCUGCUGCGCACUUCACCCCGCCUGUUUGGCCAGCUCCUUCCAGCGCCAGCUGUCCAGCGCCACCUUCUCCAGCGCUCUCUCCGACAACGGCCUGGACAGCGAGGACGAGGAGCCCAUCGCCGGCGUUUUCUCCAACGGAAGCCGGGUGGAAGUCGAAGCGGAUGUUCACUGCCUCAAAUCCGAGUCGUCGUCCUCGCCGCAAGCGUCUUCCUUUGGCCGCGAGCGCGGCCUGCUGUCUCUUCCGCCGCCGCCGCCUCCUCCGCCGCCGUGCACCCCCGAGCCCCCUGAUGAAGGAGCGGACAUGAGCAUAGCGGGCAACGAGAAUGGGCCGGAGAAGGACGAGGCGUGGCAAAGUGGCGGCGACGGCGGCAAAACGACAUCCGGAAAGUGGCGGGCCAACGGCUCGGUGGCUCGCCAGGAGAAGAGUCACAACCUCAUCGAAGUGGCCGCCGACGCCCCUUCCAAGAAGUCCGGCGGGUAUUUCACCGCCCCGGCGCAACCCGACCCGGACGACCAGUUCAUCAUCCCCCCUGAGCUGGAGGAGGAGGUUAAAGAGAUCAUGAAACAGCAUCAGCAGAAGCAGCAGAAGCCGCCCGGGGCGGACCAGCCGGCGGACUACUUUGACACCCCGCUCUAGAACGCCAGCCUCAUCUCAGCAUGCACACCAUUGACAUCAUCACCAUGACGACACGCACCCCUGAGUACUCCAGAAUCUUCCAAAUCAUCUUCCAAACUGCCUUUCGGUUCCUUUGCAUUUUGUUUCCCAGCAGCUCCCUGAUUGAAAACCACGCAGAUGAGCCCUUUAAUGAAACCGGCCCCUUUUGAACAUCCUCUUUUGUUCAUUCAAGCAAUGGAACUUUUGUUUCUCUCCCCUUUUCCUUCCACACCCCAGUAACCAAUACUAGUCUCUUUUUAGACAUGCGUGCGUGUUAAUAUGCAUCCCACGCUUCAGUUGAACUCGUUUGAACUCACCAUAUCGUUUGACUGGAAAGCAGCAGAAAACCUUUUUAAGAGCAACACACACACACACGCAUCAUCUUUUUACUCUCAACUUUGUGGAAUGGUACACCGGUAACACCACACGUUGUAGAUAAGGGCACUUACGAUACUGUAUUUCUUCAGUAAUUCCUGGCUCUCGCUCGGCCGAUCAAGUGGCAUAGACCUUUUAUUUGUAUUUUUUUGGGUAGAAACUAUGAAUACUAACUCCUAGGAGUUGCAUACUCUAUAUGGUGACUCAGUCACUUUUACUAAUCUUCUCUGAGAGAAAUGGUGAUUUGUGUUUUUUUUCCAAUGAUUGUAAAUAAGAGAAAUGUUGUAUACGGACGCUUCUAAAGGAUCAAUGUCGGUGAAGGCCAGCAAACGCCCUCGAUUCGUGUCGGGAUUGAAGGCGUUUGCUCGUCUGGAGGUUGACCAUGGCUCCUUCCCCUCUUUUAUAGAACCUUUCGACUGACUAAAACGACAACACACACGUGCGCAAUUGCAGUUCAAAAUAUGUCAAGCAACAACAGUACAACUCUUCCCCCCUCUUUGUUUGAAUUUUAAUGCUCUGUAGUCGACACUGUAUCUAAUGAACAUUAAUAGACUGAUUUUUUUUUUUUUU